CGCUCGGUCAGUGGAUGAUGAUCAUAAAGCUUACAGUAUGGUUUUCUGAGUUCGUGUGCCAUCGGUCAUGGCGCUGGUCCAGUCUCUCCCCGUGUCCAUUGACCAUCCAGGACCAGGCCUGGACCUGCGUCUCCAUCCCGCCUCGCCUCCUCUGAUGGGAGCGAUGGGUGCCGUCAGCAGCAUGAUGCAGAGUCACGUCACUUAUCCUGACCGCGCAAACAUAGAGGUCAGCACCAAAUUCCGCAAGGGCACGCCGGGCUCCGGACACCUGCUGUCCGAAACCUCACAGGGAAGUCAGACUCCGUCCAGCAAGAGGAACGUCGCCGGCAGAGCGAAGGGCUUCGGUGCUCGUUCAUAUUCGCAUGAGGACUUGAUAAGUGACUGGAACGAUAAUCAUUUGGAUGUGGGUUCGACUGGUUUGGAUGGACCUCCGAAACUGGUUCCGGUGUCUGGACAAUUAGAAAGAAACACUCAGCAGGCCAUAAUCAGACCCACUGCCUUCAAACCCGUGGUCCCUAAGAGCCGUAACGGCGUGCAGUAUCUGUCUCCGCAGCUCAGCGCUGGUCUGUCGGGAAGCCAAGGAAACCUCAGCAUGUUUUCUCCAGAAGACGAGGAUGUUGCGCCGGCGACGAUGGAACGGCGCAGUUCUUACAGCGGCGCUCGCAACACUUUGUUCAGCCAGUCCUUUACCAUGACGGACACGGCACGCAGCUCCUUAACCAACCUGCCGGCGUAUAAUGGCCCUGUGUACAACCCCAGCCACAGUGAGGCGAGCAAACAUCACGGACACUCCAACUCCGACAGCGGCCGCUCCUCGUCCAGCAAGAGCACGGGCUCCCUGAGCGGCCGCGGCCCCCUGCGGACCGACCCGCUGUCCCCGCCGCCCAUCCAGGCCUACGAGGCCAUCGUCAGAGACCUGGAGGACAAACUGAGGGAGCGAGACCUGGAGCUGCAGCAGCUCCGAGAAAACCUGGACGAGAACGAAGUAGCCAUCUGUCAGGUGUACGAGGAGCGUCAGAAGCGCACGGAGCUGGAGAUGGAGGAGUUCAGACAGACGUGUGCGGCUAAGAUGCAGAAGGCGUCUCAUAAAGCGCAGCGCGAGCAGCAGCUCCUGCAGCUCCAGGUGUUUCAGCUGCAGCAGGAGAAGAAGAAGCAGCAGGAGGACAUGACGCAGCUCCUGCAGGAGCGCCAGAGGCUCGAGGAGCGCUGCCACCAUGCAACGCGUAAAAAGACAGUAUAA